ACUGCUGCGGCAGUAAUGGCCGCCUGGUUCUCCCACGGCGUCUACUAGCGAUACACCGAGACCACUUUUCUCUUGCUUCCUUCGACCCCGCCCCCUCCGGCCUCCGGAUCGCGCACCGCGCCUGCCCUCCACCCAAAACCGCUCCGGAGCCUUUGCGAAGCGGCGCCGCUUACUGGCCGGCAAGGCGACCCCGUCUCUCGGCGGCCUGCGUUGAUCUGGUUGCUGCUGUUGAGGUGGGCAGAGCGGCGGCCGCGAUGGGCAUCUCGGCGAGGUGGCUCAAGUCAUUAGUUGGGCUGAGGAAGGUGGAGCAGCAGCCGCGUAAGGAGAGUGCAGAUGUUGGACGAAUGAAUCAGCGCUCUCAAGAUGACAGCAGCAUUGCUGCACAAGAAGAAAUUCCAGAGGUUCCUUAUGGAAAUGAUCCACCUGAAGAUGAUUCUAAUGCACCUUCAUGCUUGGAACCCACUUAUAGUUCAGCUGAUGUGCCACUGUUUCAAACUGAAGAGGAACUGAAAGAGAUCUGGGCUGCUACAAUUAUUCAGACAACAUUCAGAGCUUUCCUGGCUAGGAGAGCCCAUCGAGCUUUAAAAGGGUUGGUUAGGCUUCAAGCCCUUGUAAGAGGUCACAUAGUAAGAAAGCAAGCUGAUACGACACUCCGUUGUAUGCAAGCUUUGGUCAGGGUUCAGGCCCGUGUUAGAGCAAGGCGAGUUCGCAUGGCUUUGGAAAACCAGACUGAUCAGCAAAAUACUUCACCAGAGCACACGACCGUGGCACGUGUCAGAGAAAUUGAGGAUGGCUGGUGUGAUAGUAUUGGUUCUGUGGAAGAUAUCCAAGCAAAACUUUUAAAGAGGCAGGAAGCAGCAGCUAAACGUGAGCGAGCCAUGGCCUAUGCUCUAGCUCAUCAGUGGCAAGCAAGUUCAAGACAAAUUACAGCAUUUGAGCCUGACAAGAACAGCUGGGGCUGGAAUUGGCUGGAGAGAUGGAUGGCUGUUCGGCCAUGGGAGAGUCGGUUCCUUGGCACUUACACUGCAGAUGGGAUUUUCGUAGUCAAUGAAACCAAGCAACCUGACAGAAGUGCAACCAAGACCCCCUACAGAAAACCUGUUAAAAAGCAUGAUUCAACCCUUCAAUCAAACAUGUUGAACCAGAAGGGCUUCCCAUCAAACUCAGAGGGUGUUGGCUCCUCGGCAAACCGACCCAGUGGUUUGGUAUCUACUAAAUCUAGACUCAAGGUUUUACCCAGAGAAGGUCCUGAGGAAGCCCCAUCUCGUCCUUCGCCACUUGUGCGGUCCGCUAGUAAUCCGAAGGAGAGGACUUCCGGUAUUAAUUCUGAGAGAACUGGGGACUUGGAUUGUCAAGUUCAUAAAAGGUUCUCCUUGCUAGGGCUGGGCAAAAAACCCGAUACCCGAAACCCGAACCCGAAAAACCCGAACCCGAACCCGAACAACCCGAACCCGAAAAACCCGAACUACAAUUUGGGUAGCAACUUCCGGUACCCGAAAUUAUUUAGGAAAUUUCGGGUUAAACAAACCGGUACUCGAAGUACCCGAAUUACCCGAACAUCCAUAUACUCAGUGUAUUUCAGAAAUAAGAAGUCCUCGACACCUGCCUUCCACACGCAGCAGUGCAGCACGCCACAGCUAGCCGCCGGCCGCCGGUGCUUUCCUUCCAGCUCGUCGUCGCUCGGCGCCCGCAUGCUAGCUCGCUCGACAACCCGCAUGCUGCUGCCUGCAACACGCUACACGCAGGAACACAGCUAGAUGCCUAGCUAGCUCGGCCGCUCCACUUGCAUGCUGCUCACCUGCAUGCUGCUGCCUGCGCAUCGCCGCCGACCAACUGUCCAUCAGCAUGUCGCCCAGUGCCUGCCCGUGCAUCGCCGCCAACCGACUGGAGCAGGAGCACAACUAUACCUGUACAGGACUGCACUGCAGGGGGCAACGGGACUAUAGUGAAGCACACUGAAGAACGACAUGAACAAUGAAGAAGCCAGGAGCCUAGGAGUACAGACUGCCUCGGUAAGAUGUCGGGUAUCUCGGUUUAACCCGAACCCGAACCCGAAAUUUCGGGGGGUAUCAAGUAAUAUCGGGUUGAGUUCGGGUUCAACUGCUGAAUACCCGAAUUUUUAAAAACCCGAACUACCCGACCCGAAUUUUCGGGUAUACCCGAACGCCCAGCCCUACUCCUUGCCUGGCAUUGGUACGUUUACAUACCCACCUGCACUGCUUCUAGCAUGGACUUCUUUUAUAUGAAGAUCUGCAAGACAUUUCUUGUUAUAUGUGCAUAUGGCAUCUGCGUUGUUUAGAUCCUCAUACACACUAGCAUGUUGUAGUAGAAUUUCGCUUUCACGCAUGGGAUACGCUCAGAUUUACAAGGCUGCUUGAAUGAACAUUGAAGUUAAUUGACUUGCUUUGGGCAAAUUACCAGGUUCAGAAGCUGGUAGACACCUGACAAAGAAAGGCACAGUUAACCGAUCCCUGAAGGCCACAAAAGAUUCCCACAUGCUGGGGUCAAGACAUCAUCUUGCCAGUUGCAUUGAUCCAGUUCCCACUAGAGUUGAGCUGGAGACUUAGAAGGCAUGUGAUGCUUGAACAUCGCCAUGGAUUGCACUUAGCAUAGCAAGUAGCAACUUGGAUGCCAUUCAUGUCUGCAUGGCUGCAUCGUUUGUACUGGCGGCAGCGGCUUCUUUCAACACCGAAUAUGCACGUCAGCAUGUCCAUACAUGCUGAGGUUACCCCAUUGGGCCUUUGAGAUGUAAAUUAUGUCGUUCAGUCGAGUGGUAUGCUUAUCAUGUGUUUAUCGGUGUAUGAUGUUGGUAUAGUUGUAACUUGGAAGGCUAAGCGAAGUUGUACUGUUGUAUUUGGUAUUGCCGUAUUGAUAUAUAGAUUGCACAUGCGUCUUG